GACAAACAUUUCUACACAGCAAAGGCAACAGUGGCUCCAGUAAUCUCAUAGUUUUACCAAGGAUGGACGCCGGCAUGGACUUGCUCCACAGCUCCGGAGUGAGCAUGGUGCAGUACCUCCAGACCCAAUACAGAGACUCCCAGAGCUGGUUCCUGUUCAUCUCCUUUGCUGCAGACCUCAGGAACACCUUCUUCAUCUUCUUCCCCAUCUGGUUCCACUUGAGCGAGUCUGUGGGAGUCAAACUCAUCUGGGUGGCCGUCAUCGGGGACUGGCUCAACCUCGUCUUCAAGUGGAUUCUCUUUGGACAGAGGCCCUACUGGUGGGUUCACGAGACCCCCUACUACAGCAACUCUUCAGUGCCUCACAUCGAGCAGUUCCCAGUCACCUGUGAAACCGGACCAGGCAGUCCCUCAGGCCACGCCAUGGGUUCAGCUGGGGUGUAUUAUGUGAUGGUCACAUCUAUUCUCACCAUACUGCUAUCUGUGAAAAACUGGUGUGUUCGUGCUGUGCUGUGGUCAGUGUUCUGGGGUGUCCAGUUCUGUGUCUGUCUGUCCAGGAUCUUCCUGGCUGCCCACUUCCCACACCAGGUCAUCACAGGGGUCAUCAAAGGUAUGAUCGUAGCCGAAGCUUUCAGCCACAUCCAGUGGAUCUAUGGCGCCAGCCUUAAGAAGUACCUCAACACCACCCUGUUCCUGUUCUGCUUCACUGUGGGAUUCUACCUGCUACUCAAAGUCCUGGGAGUGGACCUGCUAUGGACGCUGGAAAAAGCCAAGAGGUGGUGCGUCCGAGCCGAGUGGGUCCACAUGGACACCACCCCCUUCGCCAGCCUGCUCCGCAACCUGGGGACCCUCUUCGGACUGGGUCUCGCCAUCAACUCCCCACUCUACAUGGAGAGCUGCCGAGGGAAGCAGGGCCACAGUGCCCCCUUUAGGCUGGGCUGUAUCGCUGCCUCGCUGGUGGUGCUCCAUCUCAUCGACUCCUUCAAACCCCCCACCAAAAUAGCAGCCUUGUUUUACCUGCUGUCUUUCUGUAAGAGUGCAGCUGUGCCGCUGGCCACUGUGGGCAUCAUUCCUUACUGCAUCUACAGCAUGCUGAGCCGGCACAACAGGAAGCUUUUAUAAACUGCAGGGACAUUAAGAACCUCUUGUUGGCCAUAUAUAAAAGGCCAUCAAACUACAGACAUAUAUUUAUCUUAGUUUUAUGUGUUUUUAUAUAUUUAUCUUAGUUUUAUUAUAUGUUAUUUGUGUUUUGUGGAUUACCAAAUUGGAAGGCAGACAAAUAAUUGCAGAGUGGUGAGAAAGACUUGGAUAUUAUUGUAUACUUUUAUAGGAAAUUAAAUACACUUCUACGUGAGUAAAGUAUUCGACAGUAAUGGCACAGACUAAACGAAGACAGUUUACAAGAUAACUUGAUUAUCUAUAAUUUUGGAGAGAAUAGGUUACAGUUGGGUGCAGUUUAAUAUGGCUACAUAUGAUCAGUUUGUUUUGUAUAAGUCACUACAGCUUAAUGAACUAAAAGGCAAAUGUUGGGUGAUGUGAUAUAUAUGCGAUAUACAAAAUUAUUAAAUUCUAUUUAAAAUAA